CAUGGAUGAUGGCACUUUUCAUUUUUCUUGUGCUUGUUAGUCAAAUCUGUCAGGUGCCUGCUGUUAACAAUACUUCCAGGAUCAUCCAGCACACUGGGGUCAUGAAAGCUAAUGUUGGGCAGAAUGUGUUUUUAAAUUGCAUUUCUCAGAACGAUGCUGUAACUUUCUUCGCUUGGUAUCAGCAAAAAAUUGGCAGCAAACCUGUCCUUAUAUCAAGCUGGAGGCAAAAAGAAGAGGUGUCCAUUUUCUCUCCGUUCAAAGGGAGGUUUCGAGUCUCAACACAAGGUGAUGAAGGCACCAACAACCUCGUAAUCCAAAAUGUCAGCCUCUCGGAUUCAGCGACAUAUUACUGUGGGAUUUUACAGUUCAACAUAAUUGAAUUAGGAGAGGGGGCUUUCCUCCAUGUCCGGGCAUCACCGUCCAACAUCCGCCCCGUCCUCCAUCAGCCGCCGUUGGAGCGGUUUGGAGCGGGAGACUCUGUGAAUUUGAGCUGCACGGUGAAUGCCGGAGGAUGUGCGGGGGAGAAGAGUCUCUACUGGUUCAGACAUGGUGCUCCUCAGCUUUCACACAUACAUCGAAGUCUGGCCAAGUGUGGAUUUUCUCCCCAACGACCAGACAGAGAAUGCACCUUAAACCUCACUUUAAAGUCUUUGAGUUCCCCUGAUGCAGGGAUGUACUACUGUGCUCUAGACUCCUGUGGUGAACUCGUGUUUGGCAGUGGAACGAGAGUGGAGAUUGUAGGUCCCAGAGUUCCUCUUCUCCUGGUGUGUUGCCUGGGUGCAGCAUUGGCAGUUUUACUUGUUGUGCUGCUCGUGUUGGCUUUUGUUUUGUUUAAGUUGAUCAAGAAUUCUUGCUCUUUCUGCAAAGGAGUUAUUACUCAUCCAGCAUGUUCUGCAACUUCUGACAUCGUGAACCGAAACGCAGACGUCUGUUAUGCUGCGCUGAGUGUGACCAGAGCAAGUCAACGACCCCGUCACAAUGACAACGUGGAGAGCACUUGUCUUUACUCUGGAGUGAAAAUUAGAAAACACUGACGUGGAUUUUGCCUUACAGCUAAUUAUUUCUCAGUCCUGUCAAUCAUUUGCAAGAUAGCAACAUUUACGUGACUAAAUGUACGAUUUAAAACUCUGUUGAAAGAAAAUAAAACU